AUGGAAGAGAUGAAUCAGACAAUAGUGACUUAUUUCAUUAUUAAGGGGAUUUCAGAUGUCCCUCAGCUCCAGACUCCAAUAUUUGUUGUGGUUCUGCUCAUCUAUCUUAUAGCACUUGGCAGUAACAUGACUAUUCUUCAUCUGGUCAGCCAGGAUCCUCACCUGCACACCCCUAUGUAUUUCUUUCUGGGCAACUUGUCUGUUCUGGAUAUGUCCUAUGCCACUGUCAGUCUACAUAGGGUUUUUGUCACCUUCAUAUCAGGAUACAAUAUUGUUUCAUACCUGGCCUGUAUUGUACAAUUUGAUGUGUUUGCAUCUUUAACCAUAAAUGAGUUGUUAAUACUCACGGCUAUGAGUUAUGAUCGCUAUGUGGCCAUCUGUAAUCCGCUAAAUUAUCACAUGACCAUGAGCCGCACAGUCUGUAUUCUCCUGGCCAGUUUUUGUUGGGUGUUCAGUUUCAUAGAAAGCUUACCUUAUCUUCUGUUACUAGUGCGAUACACUUGUUACACGUCCAACAAAAUCAAUCACUUCUUCUGUGAUGUUAUAGCACUUCUGAAACUCAUCUGCAGUGACACCUCAGAUUUUUAUAUCUUGGUUUUUACAGAAGCUUUGUUUAUCACAGUUUUAACCCCCUUCAUGCUCACCUUUAUCUCUUAUGUAUUUAUCAUUACUGCCAUCCUGAGGAUACGGUCUAGUUCUGGAAGACGUAAAGCCUUCUACACUUGUUCUUCACACCUCACAGUCGUUAUUCUUCUCUAUGUGUCUCUCACCUGCCAAUAUAUAAGGCCCUCUGCAAAAGACAGUUUGGGUGACAUUAAGAUUCUACCUUUGUUUAACACUGCGGUUGUCCCCUUACUAAACCCAUUGAUAUACAGCUUAAAAAAUAAUGACGUGAAAUCAGCACUGAGACGUAAAUUGAAAACUUUACAAUGA